UCUGGGUCUGCUGGUGUUGGGAUUUUAGGGGUUUCUUCUAAUCCCUCUUCUUCUAUGCUUGGAUUUAGUGGUGGGUCUUCUUCUUUGUUCUUAUCAUUUAUUCAGGGAACAACAAAGAAAUUCUUUCCUAGUAACGAAGGUUUAGUUAAGAAGGAAGGUUUAGCUAUAGUUGACGAGGUUGAUGAUAAAGGUGGUACAAAUACAAUUUUUGAUGCUAUUGCUUCUGAAAUUACUUCUGAUUACAAAGAUAUGAGAUUCACAAGAGAGGUUUGUGGAAAAACAAUGGAAAACAAUAAAUGGUACGGGAAAUUAGAGAAUUUUUGGGCGGAAGAUGUCAAAGCUAUAUUUACAGCAUUGAGUGUGGAUUUGCUUUUCCGAUCUUGUAUGGCUGAACCAAGAUCGAUUCCCUCCCUUUCAAUGUAUCCUACACUUGAUAUUGGUGACAGAAUUUUAGCAGAAAAGGUUUCGUAUUUGUUCAAGAAGCCUGAAGUUGCUGAUAUAGUGAUCUUUAAAGUUCCUCCUGCAGUUUUGCUUGAUCAAUGAUAGAUUCCAAGUAAACUCAAAGAGAGAGCUUACACUGGCUGACAAAGAUUUCAGUUUGGUACUGCGAUGUAAUCCGAGAUGCACUUUCUAGUCAUUUAUGAAUAACAAAGAGAGUUGUUUCUAGCUGAACCUUACUGUGUAUUGUUGUUAUUUUGUCCUGCAACAAUGUGGGUCAUGGUGCAACAAGUUUUGCUGGUGCCUUUGCUAAGCAAGUGAGAGUCCUUAGUAAAAGUACAACAAUUGGAUUGUCGGCGAAGCGUGAUGACGAAGGUUUUAUGCAUCCGAAAAGGGUACAAAAACUUGUGAAGAAGUUUGGCUCUGAUUGUUCCGCCCGUUUCCCUUCCAUAUCCUCCAGUGAACUUUCUGAAGUUGAUCUGAACUUCAGAUUCCUGCAGCAUUAGCGUAUGGACCUGAGCCUGCAUGAUGCUUUGAAGGAUUGACUUCAAGAUUAGGACCGUUGAGCUCGAGGGGCAACGUAUCAAAUUUCAAAUAUGGUAUGUUGCUGGUCAAGAACAUUUCCGGACAAUUACUACAGGCAUGUUGUCAUUGCUUAUAUGAUCAGGUUGAUUUUCUCUCUAUAAUUUAUCUUCUUCUUCGUUUUAUGUUAUGAGUUGUCAUUAGAGUGAAUUUAUAAGGUACACAGCUUAAGUAAGUUUUUUUUGCUUAAUAAUAAUUGUAUUGAUUUCAAAAAUGAGUUUACAAAAAUUGUUCAAAAAUAACAAGGCUUGGAAAUAGAAGCAAACAAGGCACGGAGAACUUGAUGAAGAAUGCUUGGCAACUAGUGUUUGGGAAGUAUCUGCAAGUUUUGAGUAAGUUUGCAUGUAGUAUUUGAGCUGAACUAAUAGUGUUUUUAGUGAAAAUGAACUGAGCUUGGUCUAUGUAUUCCAUUUGGUACUUGAAGAAUUUGUUUUCUUUUUUGAUGUGAAUUGAGUGAAUAUUUGUAUGAAUUGAUUGAGAAACUAUUGUUGAAUUUGGAGG